CGACACCGUUCAUGCACCGCUCUCCGUUGCUCAGACCUGCACGUCUCUUCGCAACCCCUGUAUACUCUGCAAGAUGCUGCCUGAGCACCGCCGCGGAACCUGGGCCGUCCACACAGAGCAAGAAGCCGGCGCGCAUCACGCAGGCAGAAGAAGAUGAAUUGAGGCGCAAGCGAAGGACAGACUGGAAACGCAGGCAGAAUGGCCAAACUUUCUUGGAUCAUACCGUUAUCCAUGUUCGUGCAGGAAACGGAGGAGAUGGCUGCGUAGCCUUCCAUCGCGAACUCUUUAAGCCCUACGGUCCUCCGUCAGGAGGCAACGGCGGUCGUGGAGGCGAUGUCUACAUUCUCCCAACACCUCACCUCACCACGCUAUCAUCCGUACUCGUGCGGCCCCGAGCCCAACACGGCGGCGCCGGCCAAGGCACCUGGCAAAACGGCAAAAACGCCCCGCCACUCAUCAUCAGAGUGCCGUUGGGGACGAUCGUCCGGGAGCUUCCGGCAGACGACCCACGGCGGAGCAAAAACGAGUACGAAGCGGAGGCGGAGGCGCUACACGGCCUAAGUCCACAGGAACGGCGAGCGAAGAUGCGCGAGAAGCGCUGGAGACACUAUCCCGAAUACGCAGACGACAAUGCGCAGCGUGAAGACUUCAAGCACGCCGAACGCGUCUUGUUCGCCCAGGAGCGCGAGCGAAGACACAUGCGCAGGCUACGGUCAGAGAACCCGAUUUUCCUUGACCUCGACAAACCCGAGGAGGCUGCAGAAGCAGCGGACCCCAACGCACCACUCGGACAUCGUCGUGUCGAACCCAUGGGACACCUCGUCGCGCGCGGCGGUGCCGGUGGCCUCGGCAAUCCCGCCUUCCUCGCUCCGACAAAUCGCUCUCCGAAGUGGGCGACCCGCGGCGCGGAGGGCGAACGCGUCUCGCUCUCGCUCGAACUGAAUCUCCUCGCCGACAUCGGACUCGUCGGCAUGCCCAAUGCUGGCAAGUCUACGCUCCUCCGCGCGCUCACCGGUGGCCGGGCUCGCACAGAGGUCGCUGGAUACGCGUUUACAACGUUAAAUCCGAUCGUCGCGGUUGUACGUGUCGCGGAAGACGGCUCAUUCGACGGAGACGCAGAAGGUGUCGUGCACGACAACACGCAAGUCGAAGAGGCGCACGAACGCGCGCUCCUAGACAGCGGGGCAUUCGCGGACACGCUCACCCGCAACCAGCUGCGCGCCGUCGAGGGCGCGAUCGAAGACCCGUUCGCCGCGCUCGAGGCGUUCCGCUUCACCGUCGCGGACAACCCAGGGCUGAUCGAGCGGGCGUCGGCGAACGUCGGGCUCGGACACGCGUUCCUGCGCUCGAUGGAGCGUUCGCACGCGCUGGCAUACGUCGUCGACCUGUCCGCCCCAGACCCGUGGGACGAGCUACGCGUGCUCCAGGCGGAGCUGGAGCAGUACAAGCCCGGGAUGAGCGCGCAGGCGCGCAUGGUCGUCGCGAACAAGGCGGACCUGCUCGCGGGGAGCGACGGCAGCGCGGGCGCGUUGCCGGAGGAGGUCGAGGCGGCGCGGGAGAAGCUGCGGCGCCUGCAGGCGUUCGUGGCGGCGGAGAUGCGGGUGCCGGUGCGGGAUGCGGCUGGGGCGGUGGUCGGGGAGCGGCCGCUGGACGUGGUGCCCAUCUCGGCGAAGCAUAGCAUGAAUUUGAAGAGGGUCGUACGGCUGAUGCGGACGUAUGUCGAGGAGGCGCGGGAGAGGCAGGCGGCGUCGUCUUGAGGGCGUGCGCCUGACGUGCCCGUCUGUCUAGGCGGGAUGUGACUGGAGAUUGUAUGUCGUCCGCCGUGCUGCCGUUGUUCGUGUCCGCCACGCAUGGCUAACCUAGACUUGCAUAGUACAACAUAUUCUUGCAUUAAUGGAACCCUUAAUUCCC